AUGAAAUCUUUUACGCAUUUAUGGCUUCUAAUUGUUGCUUCAAGUUUGUGUGCUAGUUGUUUGUGUGACGAAAAUCCGGGCCGGGGUUUGUGCAUUGAUGAUGAGAGAGUGGCACUUCUUCAGUUUAAACAUGAUCUCAUAGAUGAUGCCAACAGGCUCUCUUCUUGGAGCAGUGCGAACAUCGACUGUUGCACAUGGGAUGGAAUCGUUUGUGAUAACUUUACCGGUCAUGUUCAAGAGCUUCACCUUCGAGGACCUGAUCCGGAACGUGAAGACGCGUCAACUCAGAUGCUCAAAGGAAAUAUUAAUCGUUCUCUUUUGUUGUUGAAGCAACUUAAGUACCUAGACUUGAGCUGCAACGAUUUUGGUGUUACACAAAUUCCUAGCUUCAUAGGCUCUCUUCGGAACUUGAGAUAUCUUAAUCUCUCAAUGUCUCAAUUCUUUGGCGAAGUUCCUCACCAACUAGGGAAUCUGUCCAUGUUGGUUGUCCUUGAUCUAGGAAACGGGCCGUGGCUAAGUAACGUUCCUAUGAACAGUAUGCAUUGGCUGUCGAGUCUCCGUUUGUUGAAGUUCCUGGAUUUGUCUGGUUAUGAUCUUAACAGUGCAUCUGACUGGUUUCAAGUUGUGAGUAACCUUCCAUCUCUGGUAGAAUUGCAUUUGCCUUCAAGCAAUCUUACUCAAAUUCCGAAUCAGCUAUCCGAAGUUAAUUUUACUUCACUAACUGUCCUUGAUCUUUCUUAUAACAUUUUUGACACGAUGAUGCCUUGGUGGAUUUUUAGUUUAGGUAAGCUAGUUUCAUUGGAUUUGACUAGAUGCCUUUUCCAUGGUCCGGUUCCAAGUAGAGUCGGUGGUUUCCAAAACAUGACAGAUUUAAAAGUUGUUCAUGUUUCCGAAAACGAUUUUAUGAAUUCAACGUCCGUCUUGAGUGGAUUGUUGAGCGUCACUAGUCUUGUGUCCCUAGACAUUAGUACUUGUAGUAUCUCAACUCCAAUUCUUGGUGGUCUUCAGAACACGACUUCUCUCGUUAGUAUCGACUUGUCACAAAAUUUUAUCAACGAGACGCUGCCAAACUCAGUUGGGAACCUUUGCAACUUAAGACAUUUAGAUCUUCGAUCUAACAAUUUUACUGGAAGUGUAUCAGAGCUUCUGAAUAACUUCUGUGAAUGUAAUUCACCUAAGUUGGAUUAUUUGGCGUUUAGUGCCAACAGCCUCCUUUGUAUUAGACGGAAUAUCAUAUUAAGCUAG